AUGGCGCCAGGUCUAGACUCUUUUUGCGUUGGUUACAGCUCCAUGUCCAUCUCUACCUCCAGACAGGAAGGGGGUGCCGCUGCGUCCACGGCUCAAGGAAAGAGUGGGACUCAUAAAAUCUGCCUGGUGUGCUCCGACGAGGCGUCCGGCUGCCACUACGGAGUGCUCACCUGCGGCAGCUGCAAGGUCUUCUUCAAGAGAGCGGUGGAAGGCCAGCAUAACUACCUGUGUGCCGGGAGGAAUGACUGCAUUAUCGACAAGAUCCGGCGGAAGAACUGCCCAGCCUGCCGCUUCCGAAAGUGUCUGAUGGCAGGCAUGAACCUGGAAGCUCGCAAAACCAAAAAGUUGAAUCGCAUAAAGGGCGUCCAGAGCAGCAGUCCCCCGGAGCUGAUCCCCUCGCCCCCCGUGGAGACCCACUCCCUGGUCCCCAAGUGCAUGCCCCAGCUGGCCCCCACCAUGCUCUCUCUGCUCAAAGCCAUAGAGCCGGAGAUGAUCUACGCCGGCUACGACAGCACCCUGCCCGACACCUCCACCCGCCUCAUGACCACCCUCAACCGGCUGGGGGGGCGACAGGUCAUCUCUGCCGUCAAGUGGGCCAAGAGCCUGCCAGGCUUCAGGAACCUGCACCUGGACGACCAGAUGACCCUGCUGCAGUGCUCCUGGCUGUUCCUCAUGUCCUUCGGUCUGGGCUGGAGGUCCUACCAGCAGUGCAACGGCAGCAUGCUCUGCUUCGCCCCCGACCUCGUCAUCAACGAGAAGCGGAUGAAGCUGCCCGACAUGGCCGACCAGUUCGAGCAAAUGCUGAAGAUUUCCAGCGAGUUCGUCCGGCUGCAGGUGUCCCACGAUGAGUACCUGUGCAUGAAGGUGCUGCUGCUGCUCAGCACAGUGCCAAAGGACGGCCUGAAGAGCCAGUCGGUGUUCGACGAAAUCCGCAUGUCGUACAUCAAGGAGCUGGGGAAAGCCAUCGUCAAGCGUCAGGAGAACUCCAGCCAGAACUGGCAGCGGUUCUACCAGCUCACCAAGCUGCUGGACUCCAUGCACGAGAUGGGCGGUGGACUGCUGAGCUUCUGCUUUUACACUUUUGUGAAUAAGUCCCUGAGCGUGGAGUUCCCCGAGAUGCUGGCAGAGAUCAUCAGCAACCAGUUACCAAAAUUCAAGGCCGGAAGCGUCAAGCCUCUCCUGUUCCACCAGAGAUGA